AUGGCAAGAAAGAAGAUUAGAGAAUAUACAAACUUGAAAGAGAUGGUUACUGCUCAACCAUGGCUAGGUAAUACCAAGUUGGUGGUGAAACCCGAUAUGUUGUUUGGAAAGCGUGGAAAGAAUAACUUGGUAUUGUUGAAUGCCAACGUAGAGCAAGCCGACCAAUUCAUAAAGGAGCGUAUGAACAAAGAAGUCGAUAUCUCUGGAAAGAAAGGACCAGUCACUCAUUUCAUUGUUGAGCCAUUCGUACCACACACUGUUGAAUACUAUCUAUCUAUUGUUGCCAAGCGUGACGGAAAUACCAUUUCAUUCUCAAAUGUCGGUGGAAUGGAAAUCGAAGAGUGUUGGGACCAUGUAAAGACACUCGACAUUCCAUACGGUGAACCAAUUGACGCUGCCAACCUUCAUGAAUUGGUUGACUCUAAUACAUCCGGUAGAGAAUUUAUUAUUCAAUUUAUUAGAAAUGUUUAUAAGAUUUUUGAAGAAUUAUCAUUCCAUUUCAUUGAAAUGAAUCCAUUUACUUUGGAUCAAGAUGGUAAACCAUUCCCAUUGGAUAUGAGAGGUGAGGUGGAUGAAUGUGCAUCAUUCAAGUGUGGAAGUAAAUGGGUUGUAGAUGGAGAACCAAUCCAAUUCCCACAACCAUUUGGUCGUGCUUUGUUCCCAGAGGAAACAUUUGUUAAUGACAUUGAUGAAAAGACUGGUGCGUCACUCAAGUUGACCAUUCUAAAUCCGAAUGGAAGGAUUUGGCCGGUUAUCGCGGGAGGUGGUGCAAGCGUUAUCUAUGCAGAUACUGUUGCCGAUCUUGGAUAUGGACAUGAACUAGGAAGCUAUGGUGAAUACUCUGGUGAUCCCAAUGAAGAAGACACACACAAGUAUGCCUCGACCAUGUUGAGUUUGGCCACUAGAAAUCCAGAUGGAAGACCAAGAGCUCUCUUGAUUGGUGGUGGUAUUGCCAACUUUACAGAUGUAGCUGCAACCUUUAAGGGAAUCAUAAGAGCAAUCAAAGAGUAUCAUGAAGAUAUCCUCAAAGCCAAUUUACAUAUCUUUGUUAGAAGAGGUGGUCCCAAUUAUCAAUCAGGUUUGCAACAUAUGCGUGAGAUCGGUCACAAGUUACAUAUCCCAAUUAAAGUAUUUGGUCCAGAGAUUAAUAUGACAAAUAUUGUAUCAAUGGCAAUUCAAACAAUAAAAGUUUAA